ACUAUCGCCUGUCCUAUUCGGUUCUAGUGUCUUUGCUACCCAGCAUCUUUGGCUAAGUGCUAGCUAAGUUGCUAAGCAUAGUACCAGAGGAAAUACAACAAUAACACCAGCAGACUGUUAGGGAGAAAAACAAGAACACCUAUCAUUGUCUCGAGUGUCUGUGUCGGGCCGUCGGCAUGGCUCUGCAAGGCCCGGAGGAGUUGGGGGAGCCGGUGGAAGAGCCGGAGGAUCUGGACGACCAUGACGCUAGUAGUAUCUCCCCAGCCGAGGAGAUAACGCUGCCAGCCGGGCCCGGAGGCGACGAUGACCCUGCGGGGACUUUACUGCUGCCUUGGGACCGCUUCUCGGCCUGGCUGCACUGCAUCUGUGUUGUGGGCUUCGACUUGGAGCUGGGGCAGGCAGUGGAGGUUAUUUAUCCGCAUCAUUCCAAACUAUCAGAGAAAGAGAAAACGAGUAUCUGUUACCUUUCCUUUCCCGACUCCAACUCAGUUCUUCCAAAACCAGGGAGGCCCAGGAGAGAUGACAUGUUUGCAGUAAGACGGCUAGUCAGAGUAGCUUUAGAGGCAGUUGAAGACUUGCCAAGGAAGAAGCAUGAAGGAGCUUUGGAAGGAAGGAACAAUACAGGUUGCCUCGGUGACACCCAGUUCUGCUUCCGCUUUCGUCAAGGUUCCAACAGAAAGUCAUCUCUUGGCUGCUUCCUGGAAUCCAGCGACAGGGAUGCACCGCCCUGCCUCAAGAGGGAGCAGGGCCAUUAUUACGGCUACGUGUAUUUUCGUCAGGUGCGAGACAAGUCCCUGAAGAGAGGAUACUUUCAGAAGUCUCUGGUCCUGAUCAGUAAGCUGCCCUAUGUGACCUUCUUUCACUCCGUGUUAAAGAUCAUGGCUCCAGAAUACUUUGAGAAGCAGGAGCCAUGUCUGGAGGCUGCUUGUAACGAUAUCGACCGUUGGCCAACACCCCACCCUGGAAGAAUCCUCACGCUGCCCAUUAUGGGCGUGGUCAUCAAGGUGCGAAUCCCAACCUGUUAUGACAAACCUGGAACGACACAGCUGGUUCAGUCUGCUCAGAGCGACAGUCUGGUGUCCAUUGUGCUGCCCACUAUCCAUGAAGUGGACCUCUUCAGGUGUUUCUUUCCAGUCUUCUUCCACAUCCAGAUGCUAUGGGAGCUGGUGUUGCUGGGGGAAGCGCUGGUCGUAAUGGCGCCAUCUCCAGCUGAGUCGUCAGACACCGUGCUGGCACUGGUUAGCUGCAUCUCUCCUCUACGAUACAGCAGUGACUUCCGGCCUUACUUUACGAUCCACGAUAGCGAGUUUAAGGAGUACACCACCAGGACACAGGCUCCACCCUCAAGCAUCCUAGGAGUGACUAAUCCAUUUUUUGCUAAAACAUUGCAACACUGGCCGCACAUCAUCCGCAUCGGUGACAUGAAGCAGGCAGGAGAGAUGGCCAAACAGAUGAAAGUCAAGAAAUUGAAGAACCUGAAAACUCUUGACUCAAAACCUGGUGUGUACACGGCGUACAAGCCAUAUCUUAACAAAGAUGAAGAAAUUAUCAAGCAGCUCCAGAAGGGUGUUCACCAGAAGAGACCUUCGGCAGCACAGAAUGCAAUCCUGCGACGGUACUUUCUAGAACUGACACAGAGCUUCAUCAUUCCCUUGGAGCGCUACGUUGCCAGUCUGAUGCCACUUCAGAAGUCUAUCAGUCCAUGGAAGAGUCCUCCUCAGCUGCGACCAUUUGUCCAGCAGGACUUCAUGAAAACUCUGGAGAAGGCGGGUCCACAGCUCACGUCCAGACUGAAGGGGGACUGGAUCGGACUCUACAGGCAUUUCCUCAAAUCUCCCAACUUCGAUGGCUGGUUCCGCAACAGAAGGAAGGAGAUGACCCAGAAACUGGAGGCCCUGCACCUGGAGGUGCUUUGCGAGGAGGAUCUGCAGCAGAGAGUCCAGAAGCACUCGGAGGUGGAGACGGUGGAUCUGGUCCUGAAGUUGAAAGACAAACUGAGCCAAGCGGAGAGGGAGCAUCUGCCCGUGCAACCCGGCACUGUGGCCAAACUGAGAGCUCACAUGGAGGGCAUCAUCCUGUCCUUACCGGAAGACCUGCAGGGCAUCCUACACAAACCCUCCACGCCGUGACCUUUGAACCCGCCCGCCCGUCCGCCCGCCCUUUCACAGGUGCGGCCUCUUUGUUCACAUCAACAGGGAACUGCACAUUUUAGGUUUCCGUCCCGUGUGGUCACGUGACCAUGUGGGAGGGUUGUUGAUGGUUACCACGCGACAAAAGGAAGGCUUCUGGGGUCGGAACUUUUACUUUCAGUUUAACCACUUGGAAGGACUUUGGAAAUAUUUCUGUUUGUUUUUAUUUUGUACUUUUUUUAACCAGCAGUGGACCUGCAGUUUUUUUAAUGUUUCUUUAUAGAAGUGCACUUCCUCGCUGAAUGGCCGCUCUGUACUUCUUAGAAACACACACUUAACGCACACACACACACACACACACACACACACACACUAAUUGUAUGCAAAACAAAGCCAGCAGCAGAACGGUGCUUAUUCUUUUUUUUCUUUCUUUUUAUACUAAAACAAUAACAGUCAACAAUAACACAUACAAUCCAUCCAGCACCAGCGAUGUAAAUCGCUUCCCCCGAUAACCAAUAACACGCCUGCUUCCCUGUCACAUGACCCCCCUUACAGCCUAUCCCUAUCAUCAGUCAGCAUUUAAGUAUUUUAAUUUGAAGAGAUAUUUUAUUAGCGUCUCUGCGACUUUGAAUGUAAAGUGUUGACUGGUUCUGAAGGUUGAUGGGACAUUCCCAGUAAAACAUUUCACACACUUUCCAUGAGUAUUCCAUAUGGAAUAUUCUGGUGUAACAUUUUUUUUUUCCUGCGAAUGACUGGGAAUCGGUGUUUAUUUACUUAAGCUACGUACAUAGAAGACAAAGUGUUGAUGCCGGUGCAUGAAAGUAUAAUUAUAUCAAACAGGUUCAAUUUAGAGUGCAUGAGAAAGUUUGUUUGAUCACAUGGUCAAUGAUUGACAAGUGUAUUGGCCGACAUAGCAACAUCAAAACCAAUGUUGUAGUAGUGGUACGCAUUAAUACUACUGAGUAGCCGAGUAGCCAUACCAACAUUGAUAAAGCUGCAGGAUGCUUGCCACUCAUGAUACUUCAAAUACAUCCAGGAGGUUGCCUACAGCCACAGCUGUUAAAUUUUUUUUUUUUGACCCGACUCUAACUAGAAAUUAUUGGCGGGUAUUUUUGUUAACUAAUAGGAGUAUUUUAAAAUAUUUUACGACUAAUACUACUAUUACUACGACAUGACGGCAACAAUGUUUGACUUCCCUCUGCUCGACUACUGAUUAAUUGAUUUCCACGAAAGGUUUCCAACAAUUAAUAACCAUCACAGUUAUGCAACUUUGCUGUCUCCAUGACAACCGUCAGACUCAUAUGUGUAAAAAAGGCCUCUAGAUGCCUUCAUAUCAUAUCAACACACAAACUUUUUUUUUUUUUUUUUUUUU